ACAGCAUAAAGAACAGCCACAUCAGUCAACACCCUGUCUGAAAAGAUCCAUCGUGCAUGCAGAUCUGGUUUGUACUCUCUCAAACGUUACCAUAAUUUAAUCGAAUCAAUUAAUCCAUCCGUCAAAAGGAAAUUGAAAGUGCCUUGUCUCUUUUGCCUGCGCUGGUGCUUGUUCCGUCAUUCUGAAUUUUUCGACCCAAAACUCAAAUCCCACACAACACGCAUUCGACAAGGUUCCAUAUCCCGUACCGUCAAUCUCAUUCUCAGACCUGUUUUCUAAUUGCCUUUCUUUCUGAUGGAUGCCAAAGGAGAUCGCCAGGAAGGUGAGGUGGGGACCUCUCAGCACUCCUCACCCAAGCAACCGAAAGGGAAUGAACAACAAGAGAAAUCAGCCGUUGAACCUGGGUCAAAGUCGGCCGACCAGGAUCCAGCAGCCUCUCAGAACCAAAUGGACACGGCUUCUCUACCGGAUGAUCAUGAUGUUGCUACGCAAUCACCAACGGCACCCGAGCUUGGCGCUGCUUCAAUUCUGAACCAAAUGAAAAGGACUUCUCGAACCAGGGAUAAUGCCAUUGCUAUGCCUUCCACCAAAAAAGCCAAAACCAGCCUCACAGAGGAAUCCCCAACCACAGAACCCAAGCUGGACACUCUAGGAGUCAGUGUCUUCCAUUUGGAGCACUUCUUCCUGGAAAAAGAAGUCUGUGCUUCCAAUCAUGCCAAAACAGGAAAUCCACUCUCCAGAGACUCCAACAUUUAUGACAUUGAAAACCUAAAAGGUCUUCCUGGUGUCAUCCGAUCAAAGAGUGCCAACUCUGUUUGCCCACUAGACAAGAAAAUGGGUGCUGCCUAUGUACACUGUCUAGAAGGCAAAGACCAUGUUGGAGAGGCAACUCAAAUGCUCAGCUAUGCUUGGGACUACACGAUCGGAGAUAUUGUGGAUACCCUCACUGAUUUCUGCCACAAACACGAGCUUGACCCCAAAAGAACCUAUAUCUGGAUCUGCUGCCUCUGUGUCAAUCAGCAUAGGGUAGUAGAAAAGUUCAAGUCAGGUGUGCUGGUCCCCACCCAUGAAUUCUUUGAUAUCUUUGGACACCGAGUCAAAAAGGUUGGCCACCUUCUGGCCAUGAUGGCUCCAUGGAACGCACCUGCCUACAUCACUCGAGUUUGGUGCAUUUUUGAGAUGUUUACGGCCCACACAACAGAUGCCUGCGAGGUGGAUAUUGUCAUGCCACCAAAGGAAAAGAAAUCACUAGAGCAGGAUGUUCUUAAUAAUGGAGCAGGCAUCAAUGCUCUCUACAAGACGCUUGGCAACACCAAGGUUGAAAAUGCAAAGGCAUCUGUCAAAAGUGAUAGGCUGGCUAUUCUUGGUCAAGUAGAAUCAACUGUUGGAUACUCUGUGCUCAACAAUCGAGUCAAUGACAUGUUGCGUGGAUGGAUGCUAGGUGUCUUGACUCAGCUGGUGGAAACCAGAGAAAACACAUAUGAUGAGGACUAUGCCGCCUUUUGCAACCGAAUUGGAAAUAUUCUCAAGCACAAUGGAGAACACGUUGCGGCCAUGAAACUCCACAAGACUGCUCUUGAAAUUUGUGAGGCCGUUUUUGGUGAGAAUCAUCCUGAAGUGGCCACAACCCAGAGCAACAUUGGCUCUGUCAUGCUGCAUAUGGGUGACUAUGAAGGUGCUUUGGCAAAGCACAAACGAGCUCUUGCCAUUUACAUGUCAGCACAUGCCAAGAAUCAUCACGAUGUUGCAACGGCCUACAUCAAUAUUGGACAGGUACUGCAUGAAAUGGGUGACUAUGAAGGUGCUUUGUCCAAGUUUGAGGAAGCUCUUGCCAUUCAACUGUCAGCAUUGGGUCAGAAUCAUCCCUCACUGGCAACCACCUACCACAAUAUUGGUUCUGCCCUGAAGGCAAAGGGUGACUAUAAAGGUGCUUUGUCUAAGUACAAGGCAUGUCUCGCUAUUCGAUUGUCAGCAUUGGGCAAGAAUCACCCCUCAGUAGCCACCAUCUGCAACAAUAGUGGUUCUGUGCUAGAAAAGAUGGGUGACAAGGAUGGUGCUUUGUCAAAGUAUGAGGAAGCUCAUGCCAUUAGAUUGUUAGUACUGGGAAAGAACCAUCCUGCUGUGGCUGAAACUUACAACAAUAUUGGGGUCAUCCUGGGCAAGAUGGGUGACAACGAUGGUGCUUUGGCAAAGCAAAAGGCAGCUCUUUCCAUUUAUUUGUCAGUGCAUGGCAAGAAUCAUCCUAAAGUGGCGGUGAUCAACAUGAACAUUGGUUCUAUCCUGCAUAAUAUGGGCGACAACGAAGGUGCUUUGGCAAAGUAUGAGGAAGCUCUUGCCAUUCGAUUGUCAUCGUUGGGCAAGAAUCAUCCUUCAGUGGCAAUCACCCACAGCAACAUUGGCUCUGUCCUGCAGCAGAUGGGUGACUAUGAAGAUGCUUUGUCAAAGCACAAGGAAGCUCUUGCCAUUAAAUUUUCAGCAUUGGGCAAGAAUCAUCCUGAUGUGGCAACCACCUACAGCAAAAUUGGCUAUGCCCUGGAAAAGAUGCGUGAUUAUGAAGGUGCUUUGGCCAAGUAUGAGGAAUCUCUUACCAUUCUAUUUUCAGCAUUUGGCAAGAAUCAUCCCUCAGUUGUCAAAACGUACCACAAUAUUGGGCAUGUGCUGCGCGACAAGGGGGACUAUGAAGGUGCUUUGGCAAAACUUGAGGAAGCUCUUGCCAUUCAAUUGUCAGUACUUGGCAAGAAUCAUCCUUCAGUGGCAAUCACCCACAGCAACAUUGGCUCUGUUUUGUAUAAGAUGGGUGACUGUUCUGGAGCCUUGUUGAAAUUUGAGGAGUGCCUUGCCAUUCGGGAGCAAGCUUUGGGAUCAGAUCAUUCAGACACCAAGAGUUGCCUGAAACAGAUUGAAAUUGUCAAGUCAAAAAUGCAGCAAGCUUGAUUCUGUGGUUUGUUUGUCAACUCUGUUGUUUAAUAGUAUUGUAGGUGUUAAUUCUUUUCUUCCAUGUUUCUGUAGUUGCAGUC